GAGCGCCGCCCGCGGCUUGGCCGCUGAGCGGGCUGGCGCUUACCGAGCCCGCGGGGCUCUCGGCCGGGAACUGGGCGGGGGGGCCAGGGUUGCUCUGAAGAUGCAGAGUAAUCAUGUGUUCAAGGGUGACAAGGCCUGGCACUCAAUAAGUGACGACAGAGAUGAUGAUGAGAAGCAGAGCCCCCGAGAGCUGCUACCAUCACAGCUAGGAAAAGAGAAGAGAAUGAAAGCCUAUCUAAAGAGUGCCGAGGGCUUUUUUGUCCUGAAUAAAAGUACCACAAUUGGGAAGCAUGAGGAUUCAGACCUUGUUUUGCAGUGGGCAGACAUCGACAACCACCACGCGCUCAUUGAGUUCAACGAGGAAGAGGGCAGUUUCGUUCUUCAGGACUUCAAUUCCCGCAACGGCACGUUCGUCAACGAGUGUCACAUCCAGAACGUGGCUGUGAAGCUCAUCCCCGGGGACAUCCUGAGAUUUGGGUCCGCGGGACUGACCUACGAGCUGGUCAUUGAGAAUCCACCCCAGGUCUCCUUCCCCUGGGUGAGGGGCCCAGCAGCCUGGCCGAGGCCACAGCCGUCCCGGAUCUCCCAGCAGCCGAUCCCGUCACCUUCGCCACCACUCAACGUUUUCUACCAGGGCAUCCGGCCAGUGCCCCUGCAGAGAAGCUGGUCCCAGGGCUUCCCCAGGCCCUCCGUAGUCCCACCCGCCGCCCACCAACGGCCCGUGAGUGCCAGCGGAAAGACGUUCUCCUUCGUGGUGGACAGCAGCCACAAGUCCCCCCUCCUCAAGCAAGUGUGGACGGGCCCCAUGGAGAUGCCGGAGCACGCCAUGCCGGAGGGCAUUUCUGGAGCCGUGCCUCCCCCGGAGAUUUUCAUGGAUCCGGACAUGGUCCAGCAGGACAAGGAUGAGAUCAUUCUGCUGCUGGGGAGAGAGAUCAGCCGCCUCGCGGACUUUGAGAUCGAAUCCAAAUACAAAGACGCGGUGAUCGCCAACCUGCAGAACAAGGUGGCCGAGCUCAGCCAGAAGCUGUUGGACAGCGUGGCCUGCAGGCAGGGCGACAGGGGCGCCGCGCACAAGUUCGAGUGUCUGGACGAGGGCGCGGACGACAAGCAGAAGGAGAUCCAGAGCUUGAAGCAGCAGAUCGAAGUCCUUCAGAAGGGCUACAGCCAGAUGCUGUGCAAGACGCUGUCCGAGCGGAACUCCGAAAUCACAUCCCUGAAGAACGAGGGCGAGAACUUAAAGAGGGACCACAGCAUCACGGCAGGAAUGGUGACGUCUUUGCAGCAAGACAUCUUGGUGAGGACUGAGCAAGUUCAACAGCUGAAAGAGGAGGUGAAUCAGCUGAGGAGUCAGAACAAGGAGAAGGAGCACCUGCUGGAAGCCCUGAACUCCAGGCAAAUCCAAGACAUGGAGAAAGAAAUGGAGAUGCUGAGAGAGGAGCUGACGAAGAACUGUUCUGAGCAGAGCAUGGUCUAUAAGACUCUGCGGGAAAAGAGCAAGGUGGAAGAGAAACUUCAGGAGGACUCCAGAAAGAAACUGCUUCAGCUGCAAGAAAUGGGGAACAGAGAGAGCCUGAUUAAGGUCAAUUUGGAAAGGGCAGUAGGUCAGCUGGAGCAGUUCAGAAGCCAGAUCAUCAAGGCCACCUACGGGCGGGCGAAGCCAAGCCAGGACAAGACCAUCACCGACCAGCAGCUGAUAGAGAAGAUCACUCAGGUCACCGAGGACAACGUGAACUUGCAGCAGAAAAAGUGGACCCUGCAGAAGGCGACCCAGCUGAACAACUCCAAGCAGGAGGAGAUGGCGAAGAGCAUGGAGAAGCUGAAGGCGUCGUUGGACAGCUGCCAGGCUUGCUUGAAAAUGUCUUGCUGCAGCGGCGACCUGAAAAGGGAGGUGGACCUUCUCCAGCACCUUCAGAUGAAUCCACCUGUCCUGGGGCUCCAGAAGGUGACCGUGGACAUCUUGAGCCACUCACUGUCCUGGCUGGAGGAGACGGAGCAGCUGCUGAAGGACCUCGGCAUCCAGCUACCCAGCUCCGAAAAAGGGUUCUCUUUGUACCUGGUGUAUCUUCUGGAACAUUAUAAAAAAAUCACGAGCCAGACCCAGGAGCUGCAGAUCAAGCUCAGCAGCUCCCAGGAAACCCACCAGUUUCUGCUGCAAGAAAAGCUGCAGGAGCAUCGGGCAGAAAAGGAGAAGCUGAACGAGGAGAAGCUGGCGCAAGAGGAGAAGCUGAAAGGCAAAAUCAGGCGGCUGGUGGAAGAGAAGGCGGCCCUGGAGGAGAGCACUGCUCAGGAGAAAGGCAGAGCCUGGGAGGCCCUGCAGGAGGAGCAGCGGAGGGUCCAGGAGCUGGAGGGCCGCCUCGCCCACCAGAAGGAGGCUCUGGACGACCGCCUGGCUCAGGAGAGACGCAGGUCCAUGGAGGUCCUGGAGGAGAAGGAGAGGAGGCUCGAGGAGCUGGAGGGCUGCCUGGCCCGCCAGAAGGAGGUUUUGGAGAGCAGCAUAGCCCACGAGAAGAGGAAGGCCAAGGAGGCCCUGGAGUCGGAGCGACGGAGGGUGCAGGACCUGGAGAACCACCUGACCCAGCAGAAGGAGAUCUCAGACAACAGCAUCGCCUACGAGAUUCAGAAGGCGAAGGAGGCCUUGGAGAAGGAGAAGAGGAAGGUACAGGACUUGGAGAACCGCCUGACCAAGCAGAAAGAGGAAAUAGAAUUAAAAGGGCAAAAAGAGACCUCUUUAAAUAAUAAAUUAAGUGAUGCACUGGCCAUGAUAGAAGAGAUUCAGCAAAUCAAGACAGCUGGAAGCCUGAGAGCAGAGAGCCUCUCCCUGAAGCUAAAUGAAUCCUUAGCCGAACUGGAAACUGCCAAGACAAAGCUGAUCAUGAUGGAGGAGCAGAUAAUACUACAGCAACUGACAGUAAAGAGCCUCCAAGACCAGCGGGAAACCCAGAAACACGGAUUCGAAGAAGAAAUCCAAGAAUACAAGGAGCAAAUCAAACAGCACUCCCAGACGAUUGUGAGCCUAGAGGAGAGACUCCAACGAGUGACCCAACACCAUAAGAAAAUAGAAGAAGAGAUUGCAACCCUGAAGGUCAAUAACCCAGCCGAAGAGGCAGAAAUGCCAGAAGAGCUUCCCGUGGCCACCCCAUUGGAGAACAGUACCAAAGAGAUGGCGUGCGACCACCUGAUAGAUGACUUACUGGCUGCUCAGAAGGAAAUCCUGUCCCAGCAGGAGGUCAUCAUGAGGUUAAGGAAAGACCUUAACGAAGCCCAUGGCCGAAUGUCAGACCUGAGAGGGGACCUCAGCGAGAAGCAGAAGAGGGAGCUGGAGUGGCACGUGACCCUGGUCCAGCAGCAGAGCAGGGAGCUGUGCAUGCUCAAGAUGAAGCUGGCGCAGAUGAGCACCCUGGUGGAGAAGAAGGACCGGGAGCUCAGGGCCCUCCGGGAGGCACUCAGGGCUUCCCAAGACAAACACAAACUCCAGCUGAGCAUGGAGAAGGAGGAGAAAGCCAAGAACGCCACCCAGAAGUGUGACAUCUCUGUGCAGAUAGAGCCAAUGCACCCCAGUGUUUUCCUGAGCAGUCAAGAGGAGCAGUCUUUCAGUGACCUGGGGGCCAAGUGCAGAGGGUCCCAACACGAGGAAGUCAUUCAGCGACAGAAAAAGGCCCUGUCAGAACUCCGAGCGCGAAUCAAAGAACUAGAGAAGGCCUGCUCUUCCAAUUGUAAGGACCACCUGAAUGAAUCGUUCCUAGAAUUAAAGACGCUCAGAAUGGAGAAAAACGUCCAGAAAAUAAUAGUGGACACAAAAUCCGACCUGCCAACUCCCUCAAGAAUAGAGAUCCACGCGGACAGCCUUUCCAACUCGGACACCAGCUCCGCCCUGGAGAAGUCAGAUAAGACGGAUGUCACCGAGGCUUUGGAUCUCAGUGAAAGACUGUACCUGGACAUGAGCAGGACUCUGGGAAGCCUGAUGAACAUCAAAGACAUGUCGGGUCACGUGUCCAUGAAACACCUGUCCGCCAAAGAGAGGGAGAAGGUCAACCAGCUGCGACAAAGGGACCUGGACCUGGUGUUUGACAAGAUCACCCAGCUCAAGACCCGGCUGCAGAGGAAAGAGGAGCUGCUGAAAGGUUACGAGCAGGACGUGGAGUGGCUCAGGCAGAGCAAAGUGUCCGUCCAGAUGUACCAGUCACAGGUAGCAAAGCUGGAGGACGACAUCUACAAAGAGACGGAGGAGAAGGCCCUGCUGAAGGAGGCCCUGGAGCGCACGGAGCACCAGCUGAGCCAGGAGAAGAGGUUCAACAGGGCCAUCCGGCAGCAGAAGGAACAUUUAGAGGAUCCUGAAAACAGAAAUGCAAAAGACUCAGCACCUUGCAACUGUUCCUUCAAAGAGAAUCAGCGGCAGGUAUGGAAAGGUGUUCUGCUCAGGCAGCCAGACACAAACUAGAUUCAGUCUUUGCAGAGGGUAAGAGCCCAUGAAGCAUAAAUGCCAGCCGUGCUACCCCAAGGACGUCCCAGGGACAUCGCACACCUCCACUCCAAUCCCUGUCCAGCCCCAGCCCCUGCCCAAUAUUUGAACAAAUGACCGAAAAGACCAGUAAGUGUCUGCCCCAGUGCGUUGAGGCGAGGGGAGAGGGAACUCGAGAGUGCCUUGGCUGCAGAGGCACCAUCCCAGGCACUAAAUGAAUUGGGGACUUGCUGACAAGCUCAUGACAAAGGAAGGGAGGCAUGAGAGCCCCAAGAAUCCUGUCCUAGGAAUGAAAUAAAUCAGGAAAAGUGGGCAUAAAAGGAUCCAGGAUGGGAAUGGAGUCCCGACUGUUAAUGACUUCCACACCUGCCAAGGGGAGCCUCAUGUGCCUCUGAGCUUCCUGGCAGCCAAUGGGAGAGGGAAAACCACUUAGGCCUCCAGUUCACAGUGUCUGUGGGAUGCACACAAGCAUUAGAACAGAGACCACACUGGGCACUCCCCCAGAGGGGACACUGUGGCAUAAUGUACCAUGUUCCUAAAAAUGGCCACAGUGCAGAAGCAACACAGUGUCAGCCGAGCCAUGUCUGAGGAAGUUCCCUGAGACAGACCAAUGUCCCCACAUCCCACGAGUCCAGUCAAGUUCUGUAAAAGCAGGACUGCGGGUGGCCAGGCUCUGCUCUUCAGAGCUCAGCAGCCCACUGUUUGGACUCAGUCCAGGACUGAGCAGUGCUCAGACUCCAGUUCCCUGAAGCCUUGGUCCUGGGCACCCCAACCCUUGCUCCCCAGAGCAGCUUCCCUUCACCAGUUUUACCUGCCAAUAAAGGGCCUUCCUCCAAGGCCUGGGGAGAGCCCAGUAGGGUGCCCAACUGGGAGGAAAAGUAAACCAGGAUGCCCAGCCACAUUUGAAUUUCAGAGAAGCAGCCAAGAGUUUACUUAGACUGGGUCGUCCAAGUAGGUCCUAAACAUUGUGCUGAACGCACUUAUUCUACUUUAGAAAACUAUGAUUCUGAAAUGCGAGUGAGUGGGGCACCCUGGGUCUCACCUGGGACCUGUCAACAAGUGCUUCCUGGGCCCCGACUGGUUGCCAAAGAGAGGGACUCGCGGUAGCUGUGGCACACGGCAGCCACAGAUGCACUUCUCUUGGCUCACGGGGUGUUUUCUAGUUUGGGUGGGUUUUUUGUUUGGUCUUUUUGGUCUGUAGUUUUGUUUUUAGUAACAUCUCAAAAUAGGGCCCUUCCACAGAAUACUCUGGAUUUCUGGCCUCUCUGAGGAACUUGGAAGAUGGUGGUGACCAACCUCACAAGUCACCAUCUCCCAGGCCUCUUAGAAAGGACACAGGCUGCUCCUGGGUUUGCUGCCUCCCCCACUUGACCCCCUUCUUUUGCACCGCUGGCCCCUGGAAGCAUCUGGUUGGUGAUCCUCGGGUGAGCUCGGGGCUCUUGGAACUUCCUCCCCAGGUGCCUCCAUACGUUCACCCACCACCACCUGAAAGGGAGGCCCAGCUGGCUCACUGUCGUGUCCUCAGCGCCUCGGGAGGCUCUUUCCUCUGGGCAUUGCCCCUGAGGUGCAGGGUCUUGAGGACACCGGGGUCAGCAACUGCAAAUCAAACCCCAAGGAAAUAGCAAGCCCCAGAGUUGGGGUGCUGGCUUCCAAACAGGCUGUGAUCCCUGACAGUUCCUCGCACCUACACCAUGGGGAUGUUUAGGAGAGACCCCCUCUGGGGACGUCCAGCCCUGCUCUGGGAGGCUCCGCCACCAGCUGCAGCAGAUUGGUCCCUGAGGAGAGUGCAGGGUUCUGUGGGGACCCUGGCCGACCAGCCUCCUCCUAGCUGGAAUCUGAACAGAGAUCCCCAGGAGGCUCGUCGGGGUGGUGGGCCAUUGCCCCCAGCCACACCCCUCCCAGGAGGCAUCAUCAUCACCCCCUGGCCAGGGAAGCCCCAGCAUCCCAAACGGACUCUAAAAGUUGAGAAGAAUCCAUUUUCUUUGAGGCAACAAAAAGCAGAGAGGUGAACCUAAGUGUAAGGUGGCCCUGUUCUCUCCACGUUGAAGAGACGAGCGUUUAUAGAGAUGGUGAAGGCCACGAGGCAGAGUUCAGAUUUCCAGGUGAGCCAGAAAGAGAAGAGAGGAAAGGGGGGUCAGCAGCAGGGUACCCAGGUGACAGCAGCAGCCCAUGUGCUGAACCAGGCACCUACUAUGUGCCAGGCAUGGAGCCAGACACAGGCCAUGGCUCGUCUCACUUAAACUCCACGACACCCUAUGGACGGGCAUUGUUACUGUCCCAACUUAAGAUGAGGUGCCUGCUGCAGAGACUGACCCCUCCAGAGCCCCCGAUGGCGCCCGCUGCAGGUCUGACACAGGUCAGUGAUUCUGGCCCUGCUUCAGGUGUCCCAUCCAGGCCAUCGCUGAUCCCAUCUGGGUGGCGUGUGGCUUGAUUUUCAAGGAGGUGCCCUCCAGAAUGCCCUUUUCUUGAGAGCUGAGGAUCAAGGCUGUGAAAUCUGAACCGUUACCUUUCACGAUUCGGCCUUGAUGCUGGAACUGCCCCAGCCAGAUGCCCGCCUUGCGCGGCAGAGGCGAGCUCGCGGAGAGAUCAGCACCUUUCCGUUGAACGUGAGAGGAAAUAUGUUUGACAGAAGACCACAGUUAUGCUGAGACGGUAAAAUCCUCAUUGGAAAAAAUCAGAUACUCCAUGUGAGAGCAGAAGCCGGUUCUCGAUCCCCCUGUCCUAAGACAGGAAGGUAGCUACUGCUCAGAGCAGAUGUCAGGACAGAGAGCAUCCCAAGGGUCCCCUAGUUCUGAGAACUGUGCUACCCUGCAAAGUGGGACAGAGGGAGGCUGGAAACUUGCUCAUCCACACACAGGACAAACCCCGGGCAGGCGGACACCUUGAGAUAAGGCAGAAGGCUUCCUUGAGCUGUGGGGUCGGCCCUGAAGUCGCAGGACCGUCCUGCCUCUGAGCUGUGAAGGCCGCCUCAGGGUUAGGAGCCGGGAGCAGCUGGUGCUUGCACUAGGUGCGGAUGAGCGUCCCAUCCUCCAGCCCUCCUGCCAGGGACGCCAGGCCUCGUGUCUAGAUCUCCAUGGUGCAGAAAGGUGUCUUCAGGUUCCUUACAAAGCGUGGGUGGCCUGGAGUCCUGAGGUGAUGGAGUCCACAUGACCACCUCAGAAAAGACAGGCCAUGUGAGACCCACCCCUUCAACUGGCCCACUCAUCACAGUCUCCCUCUCUAGCGAGCUUCUGGAACUUUCUGUCUAGGCCCCGUGGCUUCUUGUUUGUCUUUCACAAUGCCAUUCAUUAAAUUGUUUUCCCUGCAGCUAACAAUCUUUUAUAAUUGUGUGCGGGUUGUAUGCCAAAGAGGAAAAUCUAGUUUCUAGUCUUCUAGAAAAACCCAGAAAUUUAUUGAGUACCCAGUUAAGGCUAGGCAGGGUGCUGGGCACAGGGGAGUGGAGAGUGAACAAAAAGAGGUGCUGUCCUGUCCCUCAUCGAUUCGACAGACACCUACUGAGAGCCCGUGAUGUGGCAGCUGCCUACCAUGUGUCCAGGACAAUCAUGCAUUCAGCGGGGGCAGUGUCCCCCCAAGGGAGUCAACAUUUUUUUUUCCUACCAGGAAUUAAAUCCAGGGGUGCUUUACCACUGAUCCACAUCCCAGCCCUGUUUAUUUAAUUUUUUAAAAAAUUCUUGUAAUUGUAGAUGGACAGAAUGCCUUUGUUUAUCUUUAUGUGGUGCCGAGGAUCGGACCUAGCGCCUCACGCAUGCUAGGCAAGUGCUCUACUGCUGAGCGACAGUCCCAGCACCCAGCCCUUUUUAUUAUUUGAUACAGAGCCUCACUAAGUUGCUAAGGCUGGUCUUGAACUUGCUAUCCUCCUGCUUCAACCUCCUGAGUUUCUGGGAUUACAGGCAUGUGCCACAACACUCCGCCAACAUUUAUUCUUUACAUAUAAAGCACAAAUAUGUCCUUGAUCUGAAAGUCCCAAACUCAAAAUGUUCCAAAAUCCAAAACAUUUUGAGUGCUGAUGUAAUGCUGCAAGUGCUGUUUCCUGCACAAAAUAUUUAAAAUGUUGUAUCGAUUAUCUUCUA